ACUCCACUUAGUUUUAUAUCUCAGGAUUGUUUCAUUAUAUCUUCUUCUAAGUUGAAAGAUAGAAGUAAUCAUACCAAUGCAGUUUUAGAUUGCAAUUAUAUAUAUAUGUAUAUACAGAGUGGUCGUUAGAAAAACAGAAUAUUUGUCAAACAACUACUUUACAAACAAUAACUUUUUACAAAGUUUUUUCAAAUGCAUAAUAUGUUAUACCAUACUUACAGCUCAAUUAAAGACUCAAUAUGUCGUCCGUGUACUUCAGAGCAGUGUUUUAAUCUAGUACAACCCAAAAGGUAUCAACCGAAAACAAUCCAGAACCUAAACUAAAUAAAAACGUAUCGAGAAAGAAAUGAGUUAGCACGCAUUUUAUACGUGAUUGCAUUUGACCUAAAUACUUUCUGCUUUUUUAACGACCAACCUGAUACAUAUAUAUAUAUAUACUUACUUAUUGAUCAUAGCGUAUGAUACUCCUAAAUAUCGGCUGAAACCGGGUUUGAAUAACAGUAUCUAUAUAUAAGCCUACUUAUAUCAGAAAGAAAUAUGAAAAUUAGUUUGGUGGUGUUUGCUGUUUCUCUUGCCGCUUGUUGCAAAUUUACAGAAGGAUGUAGUAGACGAAAUGCGAUUAAUUUCGAUCAGGAUCUCGCAAAUUUUAUGGGAAACUGCCCCCAACUUCGCCAAGCGUCCAGUGGAAUUUUACCUUCGUUGCGAAGUGUUGUGGUAUAUGUUCUAAGAGACAGUGUUUGGUACAAAAGGAUAAGAGAAAGGGUUUGUGCAGGAAUCUACGACGUUGCCUCAUGCUGGAUUAAUGCAAUACCAAUUCUGCUAAAGGAUGACUCUCCAUUUGAGACACCAUUAGCACAAUGUAUAUGUGACUGGGACGGAACUUGCUGGGCACCUGAAGUGCGUCCAAGAAAGAUGAAAUCGAUUGGUAGCGACGAAAAGCAUGGAGAAAUCAAAAUAAAAAAGAAAUCAUUUUCGACUUGCUUAGUACAAAAUGUUCAAGUUUCUACUAGUCAAUUUCCUUCAUGGAACGGAUUCGAUAUAAAUAGCGUCUCUAUCUUUCUUCAGAAUCAUUACUCCUAUUGUCGAACAGUACCUACGAUACCGCAAGAACAAUGGUGCCUCGUUCCUAUGCUGUAUGUGGAUACUUUUUGUGAAAAAGAAAGUCCCGAAUCAGAUUGGAGAGAUGAUUUAGUAGAAGUAUACAAAUUGGCAACUCGCAGUGAUGUAUAUCUACGUAAAAUCAUAAAUACGUGCGACUCAACGAUAACUGAGCCUCGUCCGUCUAUUACAAAACCAGAGACAACAUCAACAUCAUCUGAUUGUAAAGCUCCCGGAGUAUUGAUGAGGUGCAAAUCAAAAUGUCCAGCAACAUGCACGGAAAAACCUUUUCCGUGUUCUGUGCAAUGUACGUCUGAAUAUACUUGCGGAUGCCCCACUGGUUACAUUCAAUUAAGUCUCGAAAACAAGGAAUGUGUUAAAGAAGGAGCAUGUCCACGGAAUUGCGAAAACGAAAAAAUAUAUCAACUCUGCCCAUCUAUGUGUCAGCCUACUUGUGCAAAUCGAAAUCCCGUUGGAUGUCAACGUGGAUGCAAUUUCAAAAAAUGCGUCUGCCCUUCUGGAAUGGUAAAGCCAGAUGAAAAAAGUGAUCGCUGCAUCAGACCAUCUCAAUGUCUUCCACAGCCACCAGUUUCAGGUGAUGCGUACUGGACCGAUUGGUCACCUAUUACACAAUGUGAAGCAUCUUGUGGUCCAAAUCUGUUUCGGGAAGAAAUAAGACGUUGUCGAUUCCCUGACGGUCGGUCUGCUCCAGUUAUAUUAUGUGGCGAUGCCAAAGCUUCUACACAAAGAUUCGUACCAUGUGGUCCCACACAGUGUCCAACGACAUAUGUUUGGACCCAAUGGAAGUGUAGGAGAAUGGGCGGAUUAUGCAGAGAUACUAGAAGCUGCUGGUUUAACGUAGGAGGUGAUAAGUAUCAACAGGUUCGACCACAGUCGAAGUGCGGUCAAACAGAACGUCCCAAUCCAUCAUGCACUGGAUGUUGAAUAGAACUACAAUUUCCUUUUUUUCAAAUGCAUCUUUGCUGCAAUAUGCUAUAUACUUUAUUGAGUGUUGUUUAACUAUAUCUAAUCAUAUCACCCUAUAUCUUGAAAUCUGAUAAAGAAAUAUUUUUAAUUCACGCAUGGAUUCCAAGUGUUCUAGUGAUCACUUACUAACACUCUUAGAAGAGUUAUUUCGGUUAGAAAAUGUACUGGAUGCAACUCCCCAGUUUGCCAGAAUAAGAGGCUACAUGACUGUUGUUGUCCCCAAACCUUUAUCCUUACCAAAAACCAGUGUAGUUGAAAAUAAACAUUUCACGUAAACAACCCUGUAGAGAAAGAAAUAAGGCUGGGAAUCCAUUCGAUCAUCGAAGGAGGAAGCAGAUGUUAAUAUAUUUAUUUCAAUUUUUAGUAGAGCGUUCGAAGGAUACUGAAUAUUUGUUGAAUAAAGUUAUUCAAUAUAAA